CGCCAUCGUCGUCAGUGCAGUGCGGGGACGCGGGCUGCACACGCCGCGCAGUGGCGGACGGGAGGAGGGCCCGCGCGGGCCAGCCUGGGCUCGGUGUGACAGCGUUAGGUCGGCAGGCAGACAGACAGACAGGCAGGCAGGCAGGAGAUGACGCGUGCACCACCUGGACGGCUGGUCCACGUUCAGAUCUCCGGGUCCCGGUCAGGCUGGCUGCCGUCAGGAUGUGAUCUUUGGAGACAGCGUCUUCCUGCACAGCUCAGGCUGGCCUUGAACUCAGACCCCCCUGCUUCAGCGUCACCAGGCCCUGAACGCCCCUGCAUGGUCCCUAAGCCUGAGUGGCAAAACGGUGUUGGCCAACUUCCUGACGGAAUCUUCAGACAUCACUGAAUACAACCCCACUCAGGGUGUGAGGAUCCUGGAGUUCGAGAAUCCACAUGUCACCAGCAACAACAAAGGCACGGGCUGCGAGUUCGAGCUCUGGGACUGCGGUGGUGACUCCAAGUUUGAGUCCUGCUGGCCGGCCCUGAUGAAGGAUGCACAUGGCGUGGUGAUUGUCUUCAACGCUGACACCCCCAGCCACCUGAAGGAAAUCGAGAUGUGGUACUCCUGCUUUGUGCAGCAGCAGUUCCUCCAGGACAGCCACUGCAUGCUGGUGGCCCACCACAAACCCGGCUCAGGAGGGGACAAGGGCGGCCUGGCUCUGUCCCCGCCCCUCAACAAGCUGAAGCUGGUGCACUCCAACCUGGAGGAGGACCCCGAGGAGGUCCGCGCCGAGUUCAUCAGGUACCUCAAGAGCAUCAUCAGCUCCCUGUCGGAGAGCAGGGACCGUGAGGAGAUGCUCAUCAUCACCUAGCUCGCAGCUUCCGGGGCCGCCUCCUGACGCCACCGCCACCCGAUGACCUCACCAGCCGCACACACGCCGCACACAGCACACACCCACACACGCACAGCCACUCACACACACACACCCACACACGCACACAGCACACACACACGUACACACGCACACAGCCGCUCACAGAGCACACACCCAGACACACACAGCUGCAUGCACCCCUCCCUUGCCGGCUGCAGAAGAGUUUCUGCUCUGCUGGAGGUUCUCGGAAGACUCUGGCAUGGGGGCUGAGGCAGGAGGCUGGAGAGUUCAAGGCCAGCCUGGGCGCCAGGGAACCCUGGUCCCAACCCUUCUCCAGAGCAAACGCUGCCUGUGUCACUGUCACCCCAUAAACGAGUCCUCCCGCCUCGUGCUGUGUUUACCUUGA